AUGCGUAUGUCUUUCCUAGCAAAGGCCCCGUUAUCGCUCGCGCGCGCCACCAUCUCGAGCCUUGCUACUCCUUUGGAACCCGCCGCUGGUCCCGGAAAGAUGGCUUCCAACAAUCGCCAGAAUGUUACUUGGGUUGAGGGUGUUCGUGGAGUCGCUUCGUUCUGGGUUGUCGUAACACAUUUAUGCCGGGCUUGGGACUACAGCCUUUGGUCACCGCGUGACAACGAGAAUGCAGCACCGCAACUACUGCAACUGCCCUUCCUCCGAUUACCAUUCCAAGGCCGUAUCGGUGUUACCAUGUUUGCUUUUCUCACCGGUUACGUAUGCGCUAUCAAACCACUUCGACAGGCCAAAUCUGGAAACGUUCCAGCUGCGUUGGAGACACUGGGCAAAUCUGCUUUCCGUCGCCCACCGCGACUGAUUAUGCCCGCAACCAUUGCUCUGGUCAUUGCGUGGUUUUUUGCCCAAAUUGGUGCUUUCGAGGUUGCCCACUUGAGCGACUCUCACUGGUUCCGUCGUUCUGUCCCUACCAACAUCGGUGGCCUUGAUACGGAAAUCCCACGAUUGAUCAAGAACUUCCAGACGUCUUGGUCCGGCGCCAACAACGAAUACGAUGACCACCAGUGGGCUCUCUUGCCUCUGCUGCAAGGUGCUUUCCUCAUCUACGUUUUGCUCUUCGCCACUGUCUUCAUGAAGUUCCGCAUGCGCCUCUUUACCUGCAUGGUUCUGUUCCUGUGGUACUGGAUGCGCACUAGCCCUGAGAAGGAAACUUUCGAGUGCCAGUUCCUCUACGGUGUCAUUCUCUGCGAUCUUGGCUCCGAGAAGAGCUUCCGCGAAUUCAUCAACAGCCGUGUCAAGGCUCGACGUAUUGCGACCGCAUUCCUCAUCAUCCUCGGCUGGUAUGUGGCGUGCUACCCGGGAGAGCACUGGGAGUGGUCGGCUUGGUCUGUUCAGCUUAAGAAUAUUGGAGACUGGAUUAUUCCUCAGGGUGCAGCAAGCUACCCCAAGCGCUGGACUGCUAUCGGAUGGGAUCUGAUGGUCACCGGAAUCUGGCUAUCGCCUUCUCUGCAGAGCAUGUUCUCGAACAAGCUCUUCAUGUGGGUUGGCCGCAACAGUUUCGCCGUAUACCUUACCCACGGAACGGUCAUGAAGGUUGGCCUAGCUCGCCUGAUUUACGGAUUCAGCACUGCACCAUACCACGUCGAGCAGCCAAAGGAUGGUCAGGGCGAAGCUAUUGAACACUACAUUCCCAGGUCUACAAACUGGUUGGUCUGGGCCCUCGCCAUUCCCAUCUUCUUCGUCGUCGAAUACACCAUCGCUCACCUCUGGACCACAUACGUCGACGCACAAUGCGCGAAAGCCACCAAGUGGCUUGAGGACAAGAUGUUCGAGAAGAACGAAGACGAGAAGCACGGUGUCGCAAGCAUGGCUUAA